AUGAACUUUGUCAGCGGAUUUAAGCCAGAGGCUUUAGGUAACACCAACUUGUUCAAGCCAAUGAAGAUUGGUAACACUACCGUCAAGCACCGUGUUGUUAUGCCACCUUUAUCAAGAAUGAGAGCUAACGAAGACCACGUUCUAGACAAGGACUGGACCAUCAAGUACUACGACCAACGUUCCAAGAGAGAAGGUACCAUGAUCAUUGCUGAAGGUGCUUUCCCAUCUGCUCAAUGUGGUGGUUACGCCGGUGCCCCAGGUAUCUGGUCUGCUGAACAAACUGCUCAGUGGAAGAAAAUCAUUCAAAAGGUCCAUGACAACAAAUCUUUUAUGUGGGUCCAAUUAUGGGUUUUAGGGAGACAAGCUCCACCAGCCAACAUGGCCAGCGCUGGUUUACGUUUUGAUUCCCCAUCUGAUCUUCCAUACCAAAAUGAAAAGCAAGAGGCUGCCGCUAAGGAAGCUGGUACUGUUCAACAUGGUAUCACUAAGGAUGAAAUUAAGCAAUACGUUGCCGACUACGUUAACGCUGCUAAUAAUGCUAUUGCUGCCGGUGCUGAAGGUGUUGAAAUUCACUGUGCUAACGGUUACUUAUUAAAUCAAUUCUUAGACCCAAAAUCUAACAAGAGGACUGAUGAAUACGGUGGAUCUAUUGAAAACAGAGCUCGUUUCCCAUUAGAAGUCGUUGACGCUGUCAUUGCUGCUAUCGGUGCCGAAAAGGUUGGUAUUAGAUUCUCCCCAUACGGUAUCUUUGGUGACAUGUCUGGUGGUGACAACCCAAUGUUGAUUUCUCAAUUCUCCUACAUCAUUGGUGAAUUAGAAAGAAGAGGUAAGGAAGGAAAGCGUAUCGCUUAUGUCCAUGUUGUCGAACCAUUAGCUACUGAUUUCAUGUUAACUGAAGGUGACGGUAUCUUAGAAGGUGUCACCAACGACUUCGUUUUCUCUAUCUGGAAGGGUCCUAUCAUCAGAGCUGGUAACUUAUCCUUAAACCCAGCUAUUGUUAGAGAAUACGUCAAAGAUGAUAGAACUUUAAUUGCAUAUGGUAGAUAUUUCGUUUCCAACCCAGAUAUAGUCGACCGUGUAGAAAAAGGUUUACCUUUAAACAACUACGAUCAACCACACUUCUACACCAUGACUGCCGAAGGUUACAUUGACUACCCAACGUAUGAUGAAGCUAUUAAAGCUGGCUACAAAUAA